UAUUACCCUUUUUUAGACGACCUCUCUGGGGCAGUUGAUUCUAUAUCCAGUACGGGUCAGGUUAGGAUUAUACAUCUGGUUUGGUGGUAGGAUUUGGUCGUGGUUAGUUACCACAAUACCCGCUAAGACGUACCGUUAAGCAAUUUAGCGUUGCGUUAAGCAUAUACUAGUACAAUGCCGCUCUUCUAAGUUAUAAUAACCUGCCUAUUGUCGCACGAUUUUUUCAAAUUGUUUUUGUUUUUGCUUAACUAUUGAAUCAACGCAACGGUCGAAUCCUUGAGAUUGCUGAGGUUCUUCACUCUGCAGUCUUGACCGAUUGUUUUGCCAUUAUGCUCUAUAAUAAAUUACCUACUUGGAUUUUUAAAUAUUUUUCAAGUGCAUCAUCUACAUCUAAAGCCGGAUUUAUAUUUGUCUGACGUGUCGUGUCGUGACGCAUCAGAACAGAAUCGGUAUCAUACAUUUUAUAUGGCAACGUUUACACUUAUGUUGAAAUGAGCAUACAAAAUGUAUGAUACCGAUUCUGUUCUGAUGAAUAACGACACGACAUGUCACAACACAUAAGUGAAACGUUGCCAUAUAAAAUGUAUGAUAUCGAUUCUGUUCUGACGCGUCACGACACGACACGUUAGACAAAUAUAAAUCCAGCUUUAACCUACUUUGUCGCAGGCCAUGUUUCAUCCUACGUCACCCAAAGUACCCGGGAGGUUUCUCCACCAUAUACACUCGUCCGCUGGACGACGUGGUGUGGUACUGGAUCAUUGGCAUACUGGCUGCAAUUGGCGCUACACUCGGCGUUAUGCUGAAGCUCAAGACUUUAAGAGAACCUGGCGAUGAUGGGGACUCCUCCACUUCUAUGGCGUUUAUUUUUAUUUUUAGCGCAGUUAGCCAGCAAGGUUCGACCCUCGACAGAGGUUCGUAUUCAAUUAAAGUAGUUAUAUUUAUAACGUUCGUGUUCACCCUGACCCUGUACCAGUACUACAACGCUACGGUUGUGUCCACCUUACUGAGAGAACCUCCGAAGAGCAUCAGAAACCUUAAAGAUCUACUGAAUAGCAACCUAAAGGCCGGGGUGGAAGAUGUAUUGUAUAAUACAGAUUAUUUUAAGCGCACAAAAGAUCCAGUAGCAAUAGAACUGUAUCACCAGAAGAUAGCCACAAGUCGGCAUUACAACUUCUUCUCUCCUGAGCAAGGCAUGUCAAUGGUCAAGCGCGGAGGAUUCGCCUUCCAUCUUGACAGUGUCACCGCGUACACAAUAAUGAAGAGCAGUUUUAGCGAGAGAGAGAUUUGCGACGCUCACGAGAUACAGUUGUAUCCUCCGCAGACCAUGGCAGCGGCGCUUUCGAAGCAUUCGCCUUAUAGGGAACACGUUGCUAUUGGAAUUCGAAAGAUAUACGAAGCUGGAUUGAUGCAUAGACUAAGGUCGGUAUGGGACGAGCCUAAACCGCCGUGCGUCCAUACACCGGACACCAGCAUCUUCAACGUAACACUUAGAGAGUUCUCUAGUGCACUCAUACUUCUAGCGUUCGGAAUGGCUUUAGCUUUUAUAAUUCUGAUAGGAGAGAUUGCCUUAGCCAAAUAUAAAGGGGCGCCUAUUGAGUUCCGUCAUUAAAUACUAUUUAGUUUAAAGUGAAGAAAUAGUUUAUUGUUUGAAACAUAAACAAAUUAUAAUUAUGUAUUUACAAAAAGGCUCGUUUAAAAUAAUAAAUAUUAUACAUUACUGUUUAGAUUGUAAAUACAUAAAAGGAAUAAAGGCGGGCAAAAUAACCUUCCUUGGGAAACACUUCAAAGAUGGUGUCGUUAAAAGAAAAUUAUCUCAUGUUAUCUUUCAGAAUCUAUAGUUACUAGAGAAAAUAAAAGAUAAAAUCAAUAUGUCUGUUUAUUUAUUAUGAUUACAUAACUUUUUAUAAACACACAUUUACAAUCAUGUGAUUCAGUGUAAAAUUACAAAGAUCAAAAUUCUUUAGAAGACUCUCUCAUACAUUAUUCUCUUUUAUUAUGCUUUAUAAUAAUCAAUUCAAGUGUUCCGCAAACAGUAUGACAAACAAAGAAAAUGUCAAAGUGAGAAAACCAAUGUUAAGAUUUUAGUUUUACCAAAAGCUUUUGAUACUAUUUUUAUAUAUAAAACUAAAAUUGAGCAUCUAAAAAUUGAGCAUUUAAAAAUGCAAGCCCAUUUAUAAGCGCAUUGCAAGCGGUUACUGUUUUUAAUUU